AUAAAUCUCACCACCGUUAUUGUAACGUAAGAGCACCAACGAAUACCCAAAGCCCGGUCUUCUUCUACAGGCCGUCGUUUCUUUUGUUUUUCUAUCUGUCUAGCAAGGCAAAUUUUCUUCAAGCUGAAGAUUUCUCUGACAGAUAACGGGCGAGUUCCUCUGAAUGAUGAACAAUAUGACCCAUCCUCUGUUUAUUUUGCUCUUUCUACUGAGACUCUUGUGCGAUGUUUCUUGCGAUGGAGUGCAGCGAGGAAUGGACAACACUCUUAAUACUGAUAUCCAAACUCCGUAUAUUAUCAGAGAUUAUUUAAAUGGAUCAAAAUGUGUCGUGGUGUGUUCAGUGUCGAGUUUGCCGCAGGCGAAUCUCACGUGGUACAACGGAAGCAAUUUAUACUCCAGCAUCAUGAUUUCUGAUUUCAACACCAAACUCUAUCUCGAGGUUGAACAUCAGGAUAAAAACAACUACAGCUGUGUGCUGUCCAGUACACACAACAAUGGCAAUGCCCAUUUAAACGUUUCCCUUCUCUGUCAGUCAUGUUCAGGUGGAAAAAUGAAAAUGAUGCCAGUGAGUGAGGGAGAGUCUGUCACUUUACCAACAAACCUUAAGGAAAGACAGAAAGACAUGCAGUGGUUUUAUUAUGGGAAAGAUAAUUCGUUUAUCGGCAAACAUUUUGAAGGCACGACUUCAUGCCACAAGUAUGAUGAUGGAAGAUUUACUAACAAACUGCAGGUGGAUAAUAAAACAGGAUCUAUUACCAUCAACAAAAUCAGUGGAAUAAAUGCAGGGAUCUUUGCACUGAUCACUUAUCAACCACAAAUGGAUCAACUGUGUUAUAAUGUUACUGUGAACGAUAGAACAACAAUGAUGUCAGUCCAUGAAGAAGAGUGUGCCAUUAUACCCACUCAUCUUACUGAACAGAACCAGGAUCUUAUAGAGUGGUUGUAUGAAGAAGAUAAACUCAUUGCUGAUCUUUAUAAAAACCAGAGCGAUGUAGAAUAUGAUUGUAGAUUCAAAGACAGACUGCACCUGGACAAUAAGACUGGAUCUCUCACCAUUACCAACAUCAGCAAAAAUCACUCUGGACUCUAUAAACUAAAAAUCACUAAAGAUUACAAUAAUACAAAAAACGAGAGGUUUAAUGUUACUGUCUAUGAUCAUCUGUCUGUUCCUGUCAUCAUCAGAUACUCUUCUCAAUGUUCUUCAUCAUCAGAAAGAUCUUCAGUGUCAAAAUGUGUGUUGUUGUGUUCAGUGAUGAAUGUGACACAUGUGACUCUCUCCUGGUACAAAGGAAACAGUUUAUUGAACAGCAUCAGUGUGUAUGAUCUCAACAUCAGACUCUCUCUACCUCUGGAGGUGGAAUGUCAUGACAACAACACAUUCAGCUGUGUCAUCAACAGUACAUUCUCCAGCAACACCACUCAACUCCAAUUCAAUGAACUAUGUAAAGGUCCCAGCCAGCAAUCAAAUGCUUUUGGUGUUGGUAUUGUUGUUGUUGGUGGUGUUGUUGUGGGUGGUGUUCUUGCUCUUCUUUGUUGGUUCUGGCACAAAAGGAGAUUUCCGUGUCAAGAGGAUGCCAGUGUGGAACACUAUAGGGGCAGAUUUAAUGCUGAACAGGCAAACGGGGCAUCUGGACAAGACACACCAGACAACAGACCUAAUGAGGAGUCACAUCUGAUCACAUCCUUGAAUAAUAAUCACAUGAUAUAACGUCAUCAAAUCAACUUUUCUGCAAUUACUUUGAAUUUUGUUUCUUACAACAGUGUAUUCACAAAAAAUAUGCACUAAAUUAAUUAAAAUGCUUAUGAUAUUGACAUUGCAAAUGACUAUUUCAAAAUUUUGAAGCUAUAAAAAUUAUUGAAGAUAUUUGGAUGAAGAUAUAUUUUAGGACUUGGGCAGCACUUGGUAGCUAUUUCUGACUUUACUUUAAAAUAAAAAUUAUACCUCAAACUUG